CUGAGCACAGGUGCGGCGACGAACAAACAAAAUAUUAGCUCUGCUAAAGCUAGAGCGCCCAGCGUCUUGUCGUGACGAGACAUACGGAGUCGGUGUGACCAAACUAGGUAUCAGUGCAUUCUGUGCAGCGAGCGGCAGCAUGGCCAGCACAGAUAAUGCGCCAGAGUUGCCGGCAGAGGUCCUUCGCCAGCACUUGGUGCCGAUGCUGGUCGCGCUUGCGCCGCAUGCGCUGCGGAGCUACCGCCGCGCCUCUCGCAGUGCCUGCGGCGACGCAGCACUGUGGGUGAGCGGCAUCCGGCGCCUCCCUGGAACCCACCCGCUGCCGCCUGACUUAGGCAGGCGCUUUCCAAAGCUCAUACGCCUGGAUCUGUCCGGGGACUCGGCUCUGCUGGGUGGCCUAUCGCUGUUCCGGGCGUUGCAGUCGGUGGGCGGCACCCUACUGUCUCUGGACCUUGGGGGCUGCAGCGGCCUGCCGGCGUCCUUCGUGGCCAGGCAGCUGCCGGAGGCCUGCCCCAAGUUGCAGCACCUGGCGCUGAGCUGCUGCUGCUCUGCGUCGCCCGAGGCGGAGGCGGACGUCUUCCGAGCCCUGGCGGAGGCGCCCCACCUGCCCUCAACCCUUACCUCCCUGGAGCUGCGCUGCGGCCCCGCCUUCCAACCAGAGUUGAGCCACCUAGCCGGCCUGCCGUCCAUACGGCGGCUGCGGAUCCACGGCUGCCGUACAAUUGACGACGAGGCGGCGCGGCAGCUGCCGCGUCUGCUGCCGGGGCUGCGGGAGCUGCACAUCGGGGAGCAGGCCAGUCGCCGAGGGCGACACAUUAAGGGCGACGGGCUUGCAGCUCUGGCCAGCUGCAGCGAGCUGCGCAGUCUAUCGCUCAGCUGCACGGAGCCGGAGCCGCGGCGCCUGGCGGCGGCACUGGCGGCGCUCACGCAGCUGACGGAUCUGGAUCUGUCGGGAUGCGACCCCGUGAUCCUGGAUUCUAUCGGGAUGCUGCAUCCGUUGGCAGCGGCAGGCGCGUAUGGCGGCAGCGGAGGCGGGGCCCUGGCUGCUCUGGCCCUUCCCGCAGCCUACACAUGUGACCAGCUGGUCCGUGGGCUGCCACAAUUGCUCACUGCUUCCGCCGCAGCCACUGCAGCGGCAUUCGCAUUAACAGGGGCAGGUGCCGCGGGAACUACGCACGACGCUGGGCUGCGACGACUGCGAUUGCAGGCGUCGACGGCGCUGCCUGUGCAGGUGGCGGCGCCGCUGCUCGCGCUGGCGGGGCUUCACGAGCUGCGCCUGUCGCACUGCGGCUUGCCGCCGGCUUUGCCGCCGCCAGCUCUUGCGGCGGCGGCGGCGGCGUUGUCAUCUCUGACCAGCCUUCAGUUGAUGCAAGAGGGCGGGUCGGAUGAAGGCGGUAUGAUGCUGGCGGAUGAAGGCAACGAUGCCGCGGCGGAGGGCGGGGUACGGCACGCUCAGCCAGUGGAGGGCGCGUCGCGAAGCGGCUGGAGCUGGUACGAGCUGGUGCCUAGCUGGGGCUCCCUGCAGCGGUUGGAGAUCACGGGCGCGUCCAGUCUGACAGACGAGCACCUGUUCGAGAUGGGCUGUUCGCUGCCAUGCCUGACCCACUUCGCGCUAAGUCGCAGCGGUGGCGUCAGCGGCGCUGGCGGGCGCGGCUUCGCCUCCUGGCCCAGCGGCUGCCGCCGCCUGUCCUCGGUCUCCCUGUACGACUGCGCAGGCAUCGGUGACGAGGCCCUGGGCCACAUUGCCGUACUGCCUUCGCUCACGUGCCUGGCCCUGGCGCACCUGCCGUACGUGGGGCCGCACGGCGUACGGCAGUUGGCAGCGGGCGCGACCCGGCUGGCCGUGCUAACCGUCGAGCGGUUGGCGGGCGCGCCGGCGCCAGCGCUGGCGGCGCUGUGGCGGCUGCCGGCGCUUGAGUCGCUGAGCCUGCGCAUGUGUGAGGUGACCAACCUGUCGCUGCAGUUGGCGCUGGAGCCGCAGACAGCCGCCACUGGAGCGGCGGCGGCGGCGGCGGCGGCGGUUUCAACGGUGGCGCCGGCAACGGCGGCUGGGCGCGAUGGCACGGUGGCGGCAGUCACGAGAGGCGUAGGGAACGUAAGCCUGGCGGAGGCAGUGGAGGCGGCGGAGCAGCAAGAGGAAGGGGUGGCGUCGCUGCCGGCGCCGGCGGCGCGGCUGAGUCACCUGGACCUGCAGGGCACGCUGGUUACCACCUCCGGACUGCGGGCGCUGGGCCGUGCCGCCGGCCUGACGCACCUCAACCUAUCCCAUUGCCUGGACGUCAACGACGGCAUUGUGGAGCUGCUGCUGGCGGGCGGCCGUGGCAGGAGCGGCGGAAAUGCAAACGGAGACGAGGGCAGGGGCGGAGGUGGCAUCGCCAAUUCGGGGGCCGGGGGCUCAGGCAGGAGUGGUGCGGCAGGGGAAAGUGGUGACAGCGGGGGCGGCCUUGGCGCUGGAGGAGCUAGCGGGGCGCUGCCGCUGCUGCCGAGUCUGGUGUUGUUGGAGGUGAGGGGCUGCAGCGUUUCAGAGGCGGCGCUGGCACGGCUGGCCGCGGCGGGGAUCGCCGUAAACACAGGCUUUGGAGCCUGGCGGUGAGGUGCCGCGCCACAAGACACGCAGCUUGUACCUUCCCUGUCUACAGCCGCUAACUGAGCUCUUGCCAUCGCCGAUGGGAAGUCGCGAUUGCGCGCGGCAGGAACUGGGGCUAUCGCCUGGGCCAACUUGUUACGUGGCUUUCGCGGUGCGCAGGAUACCUGAGACACCGGCACUCGUGUCUCAGGGCCACAGUAUGUGGCGCAAGAACUACUUGGAUAGCGGCAUGUGAGCAGGAAGGCGGCUAGUGCUUUGACGUGGUGGCAGGCUGAGGCACACGGGGGGAGGGGGAGGGGGGGUGCCGGUAAUCUGCCAUAUGCGCUGACCGGCAUUGAGCGGGCGCAUUGACGCACUGGUCACGGCAGGAGGUGAGGAGGCAACGCAGAAGUGCACCCCUAAGGCAAUGCGACGGUGUAAUUGCUCUGUGCG